AUGGACGACACAUCGAGCGGCCCUCCAGAGGCCAACACGACCAAGGCCGUGAAGGACAAGAGCUGUCCAUAUUGCCACCAGGCUUUUACCUCUUCGUCUUUAGGCCGCCACCUCGACCUAUACAUCCGGGAGAAGAACCCAAAGGCUCCGGAUGGGGUGCACGAUGUAGAGGCCAUACGGAAACUCAGGCAAAACAUCACCCGUCGGCAGCCCAAGGGUGCUGUGUCUCGACGGGCCACGUCAGCCUCAGUGGGGACCCCGACUACAAUGUCCAGAAGAGCUUCCGGGGAUGCCGACUCAUCCGCCGCAAGGUCUCCGCUGUCCCAGAAGGACAGCUCAAAGGCUGAGACCGCCUCAGGAAGCAAAUACCCGUUUAAGCCUCGCUGGGAAGCGACAGGAGUCAUCAAUGAUCUUGCCGUUCGGGGGGUCGGAACAACCGGGGACGCCGGGGGGGACGGGACCGGCAGGGGAGCGAAGUCAGGCCCGUCCCAGCGCUCGGUUUGCAGACAGACACUUAAGCAGCAUCUCGAUAUGAGACAGCAGAUUCAGGACGCCGAAGACAGAUCGAGGGCUGCAGAGUUGGCGUUGAGAGAGCUACUCAGCUCGCUACGAGCCGCCAAAUAUCAAAUCGAUCUUGACUCGACGCCCUUCGACUUUGAUCCUUUUUCGCUAGACUUUCCGGCUUUGACGCUGCAGUGCCUUGAGCCGCCACCGACUCUCUUCGCUUCAACACAACACCCAACGCCCACCUCGUGGUCGAUCUUACCGCCGGGGCAGACUCAACUUGAAGCGCUCCACGCUCAUUUUCAAGAGGAGUUCAGGCGGUGGAAGAUUACUUGCGCAGCAGCCACGACCGCCCUCAGCGAGGAGCUCACCUGCCCGCCUUCCUCGGAGACCGCGAGAACAGACUCCAAGGCCGAGGUUCUCAAGGCGGAGAAGGCAGCUGUGCAGAUGGAGAAGCAUGUCUACGACCACCUGGGAGCCACCUACUCGAUCUGGAACGGGCUCGCACAGGAGCAGCGCGAGCAGCUCUGGAGAUUGGAGUUGGCGCGGGGCGUCGGCAGAAAGCGAAAAGAGGUGGACAAACUGAAGGAAGGACAACACCUACUCCGACAAGAGAACGCAAACCUCAAAACCCAGAUUGAGCAACUGGCUCGCCUGCAGCAGCCGCGCGAAUUCAACAUCGCGCCUCCAUCGACCGUCUACGUCGACGAGAAACUGAUGAAGCACAUGCUAGAAGGAGUGGCGGCGGACGCGAGGAGCUUCGUCGGCUUCAACCUUACCGAUCGGCACUCGGACCUGAGCACCGUCGUGUCGUCAGUCAUCGACCGGUGGAAGAAGGUGGUGGUGUCAACCCGCUCGGCGAGUGGCGGCCUUCAAGCACAACGGUCCCUCAAUGCAGGGAGCGCUGCUCCGAGCCCGAGAGGUUCGAUCGGGGAUGUGUCGCCGACGAACCAGCAGGAAGGUUUACGACUGCCGCAACAGGCUUUUGGAGGUCGCCGAAGUCACCCCCAGCCCCGGCAACUAUCCAUAGCCACCAGCUAUGCGACGAGCUACCCCGCCUCAAUGGCCUCGCCUACUUCAGCUCUCACUCCACGAAUUCCAACAACGCCGGCCAUCCCUAGUGCGGCACCUUCAAUAAGUAUUCAUGCCGACGAUGAGGACGAGGAGAUGAGCGAUCAAGAGGCCGAGUCGGACGCCGAAGCAGAUGCCGAGGGGGAACCGGAAGCAAAUGAAAUUCCAACUGUAGAUGGUUUUAUCCCAGGUGAUAUCGAUGCCGACGCGGAUGCCGAUGCCGAUGCCGAUGCUGAUGCCGACGCCGACAUGGAAGACGGCCCUGGCGGCUACAUUGAUGCCCAGCUCCAACCACUCCAGCAACAACAGCAACAACAACAGCAACAGCAGCAACACCCAGUUGUGCCCGUGCCGUUGCCCUCACAGCAUAUGGGUCAAUUGGAGAUUUCACGGACACGCCAACAGAUGGGAGGUGGAAGGAGGAGUAAUACCGACGACGGCACGGCAGGUUUCGGAGAACUUGCUCAAGGACAGGUGCACGCGCGGGGCCGGAUGCCGAGCUGGGCUUGA